UUUAAAACCGUAUUAUUUGAAUCGUUCUUGAUACUGUGUUUGAUUAUCAUUGUGUACUUAAAACACGGAGCCAAUAUCUACCCACUGCAUUAUGCUGUGAUGUGCCGAACGGUCUAUUUCGAUUACAGGUCAUACCGGUGCGCGUAUCUCCACACGCUUGACGAAUGGGAGUGGUUGGACCCUCUGAGCAUUUUCAUAUUUCUGCUAAUACCAAACAUUAUUGUAAUUGUAACGGCCAUCUGGCUCCUGGUUUACACACAUAAGAUGGUGGGAAUCCACAAGCAAGCAGUCAUAACAAUGUUGACUGUGUCUCUGGUCUUCUGUGUCUCCUAUGCACCAGUUGGAGUGUACUUCGUUGCAGAGAAGUGGAUUAUCGAGGCAGCAGGCGAGGAUAAACACGAGGACUUUCUCUACUCCAAAUUGUACAGAUAUGGAAUGAUGCUGAAGUUCCUGAACAACAGCGCUAACCCCAUUAUUUACUACGCUACCAUCACGAGCUUCAGAGAGUUUGUUAAGGAAAGGGUAUGCAGUUUGCGGAGGGGACCGGUCCAGGAUGUUGUGAAGACUAAGUCAACGGAUUGCUGAUCUUUGAGAAAAUUGUAAUUUGGAAGACCAUUCACAGGGACAAAAACU